CAACCCAAUUUAAGGAAGUAAAAAAAGGGUUAAAUGGAACACAAGUCCACUUAACUUAGCAGCCGAUCGAUCUUCUUCUGCUCUGUUGUUGUUGAGUUCAUAAUCUUUGGAUGGCGAGCAGUGGUGGAGGUGGAGGAGAAGACGAAGCCAAAGAAAUGGCAGCUGAGCUCACCAAAACCCUAAAAGAAGGAGAAAGACUCGUUGGCCCGACCCGAAGACCCGACGGAACCCUGCGCAAACCCUAUAAGAUCAGGGCUGGAUACACGCCUCAGGAUGAAGUCGCCGUUUACAAAUCCAAAGGCGCUCUCUUGAAGGAGUCACUGGAGACUGUGCCCCCUGGUUAUGAUCCUGAAGUGGAUGUUGUUGUUAGUAAACCCAAAACCAAAGCCGCUAAGCGGAAUGAGAGGAAGAAGGAGAAGCGUUUGCAGGCGUCCCUUGAUAAGGGAAAAAGUGAAGUUUCGUCUAAUGACGAUGUAGAUCGAGCAUCAGAAUCUUUCGAAUUAGUUGUGUCCCAGAUAAACGAGAUCACUAUUUCUGGAACCACAUCGGCUGCCAGCCCUCCUGUUAAUUCAGAAACGGGAGAUCAUGUUCCUGAUAUUGAUAAACGAAUCCGAGCCCUAAAAAAGAAGAUCCGGUUAACAGAGGGUCAACAACUAAAGGCAGGGAAUGAUUUGAAACCAGAACAGUUGGAGAAAUUAGCUAAAUUAGACGAUUGGCGACAAGAAUUGAAGGUUUUGGAGGACAAAAAGGCUUCUCUGGAAAAUGUUUUAUAAAAUUGCAGUUUCAUCGACAAGUUUAGAUUUUUUUCUUUCUUUCUUUUUGGUUUGCUUUCUUAAGAUUCUAGAUUCAGAUUUGAAAACUAAAAGCUGUCCAAAUUUGGAAUUACUGAGGAAAAUGAAGUAACUUAUUGUUGGAUUCUUUCA